AUGUUUGGCUAUCCAACAACAGAUACAAUGGCCUGGCUUCACAAGGGUUAUGUGAACUCCCAAGGGUCCACUGGACAACUUAGAAGUCGUUUAGAGGAUUUGAAAAAACCAUGGCGGAAGGAAGUCAGCCCCUCAUUGCUGCAGCACAGUGAGACUGCCAGGCUGGCUGUAGAUGCUUUUCUGGAACAGGGAGAAGCUGGCUAUCUGCGAGCCGUUACUGAAGAAAAAGAGCUGCCAUUUCUUUCCUCGUUAGAUAUGGAUUACAUGAGCCAAUACAGCCAAAGCAUUGCAGAGUCUCCAGUUAAGGGGCGAGAGGCAGGGCUCACAAGAGAGGAUAGUAUGGACAGGGCUUCUCUCCUCUCUGGAGUCACAUCUGGAACCUACUUCCCAUUGAUGUCGGACAUUGAUCCUCCCCAAUUGGAACUGGGUUGGCCGGUGAUGCCCCCUGUCAGAGUGUUUGACCAAACAGAAGUCAGCUUGUAUUUCCAAAGAGACAAGACAAACAACGUUAAAGAAAUACUUCGGUCUCUAAUAAGCAAGGCUAAGACAGUGAUCGCAAUUGUGAUGGAUCUCUUUACAGAUCUGGAGAUACUCUGUGAUCUGAUGGAGGCAUCAAGCAAACGACGUGUUCCUGUUUACUUGAUCCUUGAUGAGAAGCAUCUGAAAGACUUUGCAGAGAUGUGCAAAAAAAUGGGCCUCACUACGGAUGAUUUCCCAAAUAUGCGCAUACGCUGUGUGAGUGGAGACACAUACUACAGUAAAGCUGGUAAGAAGUUUACAGGACAAGCUCUUGAGAAAUUUGUGCUGAUAGAUUGUGAACAAGUUCUUGCUGGAACUUACAGUUUUACAUGGCUAUGUAGCCAAGUCCACACUGGUCUGGUGACACACUUCAAAGGCAAAAUUGUGGAGGAUUUUGACAAAGAGUUCCGAUGCAUAUAUGCAGAAUCUAGAUCUGUGAAUAAACUCAAUAUCCCCAGUGCUGAGAGAUCCAUACCCUCUCCUCGGAGAAUAUUUCAAAAAAUGGAGCCAGUUUUCAAGCAUGCUCAAAUGAGUGAGAAUGAAAACACAAGCCCUUCAAGUAGCGUUUCCAACUCAAGCAUAGGAAGCAUAAAGAGAUCCCCAUAUUUGAACCAGUUAACCUCUAAUGUACUUGGUGAAAAGAAAGGAUUGGAUCCUAGUGAAACAAGAGAGAACAUUUCAGGCUUACUGCGGAUUAGUGACUUGAAUUACCAGCCUAGGCAGCAGCUAGACUCAAGUUGCAGCGUAUUCGCUCAGUCAAAGUCUCCAGCCAAUGAUGCUUCUAAUCUACUGAGACUUAAGACAUCUUUGCUGUCAGUAUCUUCACCAAUAUUAGGUGACAACAUAAGAAAUUAUUCUCACUUUAUGCCUGAGAAUAUUGGGACGAGAAGCAGCAAGUUCUCGUAUACUGGUCAACCAAUGGAAGAUGGAAGCAAAAUUCAGAAGGAUGAGAAACCAGUAACUCAUAAAUACAGCAAACCAGAUCUUAUUAACAAGCCUAUUAACCUAACAACUAGUGAGAUGACAACCACAAUUCCUGGCUCCUAUGGCCUCUCUGAUGAUGCGGCAAUGGAAAACAAUAGCAGCAUACAUAGAAAUGAUAAAAGGAUGACUCUUGGCCACAGUAAAUUGGAUCUGAUUACUAACUACAACAAAUCAAAAGCAAAACAAAUUCACAGUCGAUUUGAGUUAUAAUCUGUAUUCCAUGGCUUUAGAAAAAAUGUUUGUUCUUUAUCCAAAAGGAAAUGAAUGCAAAUGUUAGUGGCAUUUCAUCUGUCAUAAUUAAGACACAAAUAUGGAAGUUCAACCUCCCUAUCGAG